UAACAAUCAAUGCCUUGACAGCCAGUUGCCAUGGCAACAGUGACUGGCAACAUAACCUAAAUAAUGUACCUAUCAUUAUUAUAAAUAAAAAUGCAACUAAAAUAUUUACAAACCAUUUUAGAGGCUCAGGACCACGAAUAUAAAAUCGUGGCCCUAUGUUGGUCCCCGAACAAUCAAAAACUGGCGGUGGCGACCUGCGACAGACAAAUCCUGUUGUUCGACGAGGAGGGCAAGAAAAGGGAUAAAUUCGCGACGAAACCCUUCGAUCCCGAAGCCGGUAAGAAAUCGUACGUUAUAACCGCGAUCGCUUUCAGUCCGGAUUCGACCAAAAUCGCGGUGGCCCAAACCGACUGUAUCGUUUACGUGUACAAAAUCGGGGACAAAUGGGGCGACAAGAAGGCGAUCUGCAACAAAUUCCCGCAACCCGCUCCGGUCACUUGCCUCUUAUGGUUGUUAACCGGACCGAUCGUUUGCGGACUGCAGGACGGACGUGUCCGGGCGUUACAAGUCAAAUCCAACAAGUCCCAAAGCUUAUUCGCGUCCGAUAGUUUGGUGGUCGCGCUGGCGCCAAAUUCAAAGGGCACAGGGUUUCUUUCUGGGCACAUUGACGGUAACAUAAUCCGGUUCUUCGUCACGCACGAUCCAGAUAACGAGGGCGAAGCACAGGGACGGGCCGCCCUCCAUUCGGUGCCCCCCUUCGCGCUCGCUUGGGCCCACGGUUACAUUUUUGCCGCCGGAUGCGACAAACGCGUCUGCGUGUACAGUAACACCGGAAAAACCGUGAAAACUUUCGACUACAGUCGGGAUAACGAGGAAAGUGACUUUGGCUGUGCCAUUAGCAGCCCUAGCGGACAGGCGGUAACUUUAGGCAGUUUUGACCGUCUAAGAACAUACAUAUGGAACACGCGGAAAUCCAUAUGGGACGAAUCCCCACCGAAAUCGAUAAAAAACUUCUACACGGUGACCAGUUUGGCGUGGAAACGGGACGGGUCCAAGGUGACCUGCGGCAGCUUAUGUGGGGCCGUGAUGGUUUUCGAAUCCGUGUUGAAACGUAGCGUGUGGAAAGACAAAUUCGAAAUAACGUACGUGGGGGCGAGUCAGGUGCUGGUCAAACCGCUGGACGGCAACGAAAGGGGCGUCAUCUUGCGGUCGCAACACGGCGGCGAAAUCGACGACGUUAAAAUAAUGGGGCGCGACUCUUAUCUGGUGGCGAAGACUCGCGAGACCCUUCUGGUCGCCGAUCUACUGCGGAAUCUUUUGAGCGAGGUCCCAUGGAACAAUCCGGACCGGAACGAAAAGUUCUACUUCGAAAACCCGAACGUCUGUUUGGUGUUUAACGCGGGCGAGCUGACCCUAAUCGAAUACGGGAACAACGAGGUCCUCUGCUCGGUACGCACCGAGUUCGCGAAUCCGCAUGUGAUCAGCGUGCGUUUAAACGAGCGCGGACAUCAACUGGAAAAUAAAAAAUUGGCCUAUUUGCUGGACCUGAAGACCGUUUUGGUGAUGGAUCUCGUGACGGGGGCGGCCCUAUGCCAGAUCGGACACGAUUCCAAGAUCGAUUGGCUCGAACUGAACGAAACCGGGGAGAAAUUGUUGUUCAGAGACAAGAAACAACGGUUGCUACUGACAGACAUUUCCAGCCGAUCGAAACAAACGAUUUACACGGACGUCACGUUCGUCCAAUGGGUGGAGAGUAGCGACGUGGCGGUGGCGCAAUCCGGGAACACCCUCGCCAUCUGGUACAACAUCGAACUACCCCAAAAUCCGACCGUGAUGACGGUGCGGGGUGAAGUAACUGACGUCAUUAGGAACGAUGGGAAAACGGAAGCGAUUUGCGUGGACGGUCAGCAUGUUUUCAAUGUGGAACUGGACGAGGGUCUGGUGGAGUUCGGUACCGCGGUAAAUGACAGCGAUUACAGUAGGGCCGUGCUGUUUUUGGAAAGUAUGGGCAGGUGUCCGGAGGCGGAUGCCAUGUGGCACACCCUGUUGGCCAUCGCUGUCAAACAGCAGAAUCUUGUGCUGGCCGAGAGGUGUUUUUCCGCCUUAGGCGACGUGUCGUCCGCUCAUUUCUUACAAGAAACCAUGAACGUGGGACGGGAAUUCUUCGAGAAACACAAGGAAAACCCGAAUAAUUCGCCUCAAAUUUGGGCCCGACUGUCCAUCCUUUACGGGGACCUCAGCACGGCGGAGAAUAUUUAUUUGGAACAGGGCGACAUCGAGGGCGCCCUUGAUAUGUACAAACGGUUGCACAAGUGGCAAGACGUCUUAAGGCUCGCAGACCAAAGACACUACCCGAAACUGUCGGAACUGAAAAGUGAGUACAUGCAAAUGCUGAACGCGACCGCUCAAUACGACAAAGUGGGCCAAGCGUUGGAAAAUGAGGGCAAGAGUGAGGAAGCCCUUAACAUGUACCUCAAGUCCAACAAACUGCUCAGGAUUCCCCACUUAUUAGCGGAAAAUCCCAGUUUAUUGCACGACCAGGCCAUAGUGGGUCGCGUGCUAAAGAAUUUAUUGAAGCAGGAAUUGUACGAGGCUGCCGCGGAUAUUUACGAGAAACUGGAUAAAAAUGACUUGGCCAUGGAGUGCUAUCGGAAAGGCAAAUUGUACAAUAAAGCGGUGGAACUGGCCAGGGUUGUCAGUCCGGAACAAGUGGUCCAACUGGAGGAGGAAUGGGGGGACACCUUGGUGGAAAAUAAACAAAUGGACGCGGCCAUUAACCACUUUAUAGAGGCGGGUUGUACCUUGAAGGCCCUAGAGGCGGCGGUGAGCGCGAAACAGUGGAAAAAAGCGGUACACAUCAUCAAGGUGAUCGAAGACCCCGAUAUGGUUAGGAAGUACUAUGAGAUUAUUGCUCAGUACUUUGCCGGAGUGAAGGAUUAUUAUACGGCGGAAAAGUUGUACGCGGCCUGUCAAAUGUACAAGGAGGCGGUGGAGAUGUACAACGAGGCGGGACAGUGGGACAAGGCCCACGCGAUCGCCUCGAAAUAUUUGGAUCAGGUGGAGGUGUCCGAUAUGUACAUUACGAGAGCGGAAGAGUUAGAGGAGGCCGGCAAGUAUCGGGACGCGGAAAAAUUGUACUUAUCGGUGAAUUCCCCGGAUUUAGCCAUAGCGAUGUACAAAAGGGCGGAGCAGUAUGACAACAUGAUCCGUCUGGUGGAGAAAUACCAUCCAAAUCUGUUACAAACGACCCAUUUGCACUUGGGCCAACAGUUGGAGGGUCAAGGCAAGCAUCGCGCUGCCGAAAUCCACUAUUUGGCAUGCGGCGAAUGGAAGGCCGCGAUGAACAUGUACCGGACCCUGAACAUGUGGGAGGAGGCUUACCGGGUGGCGAAACAGAAUGGGGGUACGACCGCGGCCAAUCAGGUGGCGUUCCUGUGGUCCCGAACGCUCCCGAUCGAUUCCGCCGUAAGGUUACUCAAUAAAUACGGAAUUUUGGAGCCGUGCGUUAACUACGCAUGCGAAACUUACCAAUUCGAGUUCGCUUUUCAACUGUGCAAAGAGCUUACCAGCAAGAUACCGGAGGUCCAUUACAAGUACGCGAUGGCCCUGGAGGACGACGGUAAAUUCGCCGAGGCCGAAACGGAAUUCGUCCUCGCGGACAAACCGAAGGAGGCCGUGCUCAUGUACGUGCACGCGCAAAACUGGAUCGCGGCCUUACGCGUGGCCGAGUCCCAUCUACCCGCUUCCGUGCCGGAAGUGUUACACGCGCAGGCGUGCCACUGCUUCAAAGAGAAACAGUUCGGCGAGUUCGAGGUGUUACUGCUGCGUGCUCAAAUGCCCGAAACCAUCGUGCAAAAGUACAAGGCGGCCGAGAUGUGGAUCGACGCGUUACGCGUGUGCAAAGACUACUUGCCGCACUUGUAUCCCGCCCUCCAAGCGGAAUACGGCAGUUCGCAUCAUAAUAAAACGACCGACGCGAAUAUCGAGACGCUGUUGUCCAGGGCGAACGAGUGGGCCCUGGCCGGACAGCAUAAGCAAGCGAUCGAAUGUUUGUUGCAGGUUAACGUUAAUAUUACCGAGGGGUCGAUUGUGAAGAGGGCGCUGCUGCGGGCCGCCGAUAUGGUUAAUAAGUUCUUGUUCGGGCAGGAUGCUUUGGAUGUUAUUAAGGUGCUGUCGCCAAGGUUGAUCGAUAUCGGGGAACAUUCGGCCGCCGCCCAGCUCUACAUCAGUAUGGAACUGAUGAAGGAAGCGAUCGAUGCGUUCAUAGCGGCAGAAGACUGGACUAAGGCGCGCAAAGUGGCCAAAGAACUGGAACCGGCAUACGAGAGCUACGUGGAGACUAAAUACAAAGAUCGUUUACUUAAAAAGGGCGACGUGGAACAGCUGGCAGACGUCGAUAUAAUCGGUGCCUUAGAUUUGCUCGCCGAACAGGGCCAAUGGAUCCGUUGUAUCGAGAAAGCGAAAGCGCAUAACGUCGCCCCGAUAUUGCACAAGUACGUCGCAUUGUACGCGGCGAAGCUGCUUAAGGACAACUUUAUAGUCGAGGCUUUAAAUUUGUACGCGACCCAUGGGGCCCCCGCGAUGCCCCAGAAUUUUAACAUUUACAAUCACAUCGCCUCGGAGAUGUUCGGGCUACCGGACUUGUCCGAGCCGGAGGCGUAUGCGCAGUGGGAACAGCUGAGGCAGAUGCUUUUGGAAGUUAACGAAGGCCUAAAAACGUCCCCGAACAUCAGCGUCGAUACCAAAGCGCAUUUUCGCGAUCUGUUGCUGAUCGCUCACUUUUACGCGCUGAGAUGCGCAUGUCGUCAGAGCGCAUCGCUCAAGUCCAUCGGGGUGAAAAUCAGCACGGCCUUGCUCCGCUACACCGACAUCAUACCGGCGGACAAAGCGUUUUACGAAGCCGGCAAAGACUUGAAAGAGGUGGGACGUAACUCGGAAGCGUUCGUGUUCCUCAACCACUACCUGGACCUAUGCGAGGCGAUCGAGGAGGGCGAGGGACAACUGGUCGAUCAUUCCGAUCUGGUUCAAACCGAUUUCCCGUCGAAUAUUCCUUUACCGGCCCGGUUGUUUUUGGCGGACGAUCCUAAGGAGCAUGACAGCAUUAGAGAGUGGGUGUUGGCCGUUAGUAUGGACCAAAAGGUCGAACAGGUUUUGCCGACCGACGACCGUCAAUUGUACGAAAGCGCCCUGCAACCGGAAGAACAACCCUGUCUGGUAACCGGUUACCCGAUCAGAAAGCAGGCCGUCACGUUCGCGAAUUCGACCUUUCAGGCGAGCAGAGAAGCCUGGGCGAAAUUAAGUAUGGCAGCCAAAAUGGUACCGGACAGUCACGUGCCCGGGGUCAUCUCGUUCGUGCAGAAAUGGUGCGGACCGGCGAGCAAUUAAACACAUCAGUUAACUCUCAACAUUGCAAUUUAAUUAAGGCAUAAAUUAACGCAUUAUUUAUAUGAUCAUAAUAAUACACAAUAAAGUGGUGGUUUAGGUUAUGAAA